AUGACCACCGGUGUUUUUAAUGACCAGUGGACAAGCGAUGAUUCUACAGUGGAAAAUCUGGCAAAAAAAUCUACCGCGGCAAAAAUUUCUAUUAAAAUACUGAUGACCACACGUAAACAUAUGAUUAUUCUUCUUCUUCUUUGUGGUCUUAUACAUACCGUUUUAUCUGAGCGAAAUGAUAUAGUUUCGAGGAUAUAUUCGGGGCGAGGUCCGUGGGGUGAUCAUAGACCAUGGGUUUAUUGUCUACCAAAUACAUGGGCGAUGGGAUUUCGGCAACGUGUUGAAGGUUCUUGUGGCAAAUGUGAUGAUACAGCACUUAAUGCAAUUCAACUAGAAUGUGCCGGUCGUGAUGGUACACAAACACAUAAGAUUCAAUCAUACGACGGCAUGUGGGGUUCCUGGGGAAAUGGUAAAUACUGCAGCGAUGGACAAGGUGACUGGCUUGUUGGAGCCUCAUUUAAAGUUGAAGGAGAGCAAGGCGGCGGUGAUGACACAGCUGCUAAUGCUUGCCGUUUUAAAUGUUCAAAAUCAAAUACUGAUAUCUACGCAAACAAUGAUGGUCCAUGGGGUACUUGGUAUGGGAUGGCAAGCUGUCCUCCAUCAACAGCUAUCUGUGGUUUUUCACUAAUUUUUGAAUAUACUACAACUUCUAAACGUGAUGAUACAGCAGCAAAUGGAGCUGACUUAGCCUGUUGUCGAAUAGAUGAAACAUGCGCCGGUGGAAAACCAUGCAGCAAUGGAGGCGUUUGCGAAGCAAGUUUUUGCAAUUGUUCAUAUCCUUACCAGGGUCCAACAUGUGAACAAAUAGCAGCACCGGACGCGACAGGAAUAUGUAUCAUUUUUGGUGAUCCACACUUGAGAAUGUUUAACCAAUACCCAGGGGAUCCAAAACUGCAGUAUCUGUGUACUGAAGAAAGAACAUAUACCAUAUUGCAAAAUAAACUGGUAUCUGUCAAAGUAACAACAACAAGAGUACCGUUUUUCAACGAAAAAUAUGAAAUUGAUUUCUUUGCUGAUGGAGCAGUCAUUUGUUCCCUUGGUUCUGGCAAUCCAGCCACUUGCAGUCACCCGAAACUAAAAAGCUCGAAGCCUUCAAAAAAAAUGUCAGCCGAUGUUGUGUAUUUGAAUGAAAGUCUGCGCAUUACAAUAAAACCUCAUGUUAAUUCGUCGACUGGUUUCGACAUGGCUAUAUCUUCUAAUUAUCCAUUGAUUCAUGUAUCAAGUGGAUUAUGUGUUUCACCGGCAGAAGGAUGUGAUUAUGAAGGUACCCGUUUUAAAAAACGCCAAGGUGGUCAUCCUCGAGUAGGAUCGAAGUUAACAAAACGAGAACCAACCAAACGAGAACUCAUAGUUAAUCUUAUGGCUGAAGAUAUUUGUAAGCUAUUCGUACAACAAGCCAAAAAGACAGCAUUGGGGGCGGAUGCUCCAACAGAUGAUGAAAUGCUAGAAGAAAUUUUGAUUGCUUGUAUUUUUGAUACUGAAACAACUGGUGAUAGCACGAUCGGUUCUAAUAGCAUUUACGUUGCAUUAUCUGAAGCAAUCAACGAUUUACCUGCAUUAACCGAUGCACAAUAUGAAAAUUAUGUUGUUAAAAGUGUUGAAAUUACCGAAGAAGCCAUUGCUGAUAGUAUUGCUAGUGUAAAUUUUAUAAUUGAGGAAGCAAUUGCCGCUUCAUUUAGUAACGAAACUUGUCCUCCAGCUGUUCCAUCCUGCUGUGAUCCAUGUUCGUACAAAGUAUUAUUAUUAUCUGAUUCUCAGUCUGUAGUGCCGUUUCCCAACCCGUGUUUAUCUGGCCUACAAGCCUAUGCAGCAGCCCCUCUUUGGCUUGGUAAACAAACAUAUUUUGAAUGUAAUCAGCAAAAUAAACGAUUAGAAGCAAUCAAAACAUGUCCGAAUGACCAUGUCUGGAUAUCAGCGGUAAAUGGGUGCCAGCUGUGUAAAGGAGUUGAGGAAGGGUUUUCGGAAGACACUUAUAAUUCGGAACAUUGA